AUGGCAUCCAGAGCAGAACGCAGACAAAAGGCUAAAGAAGAGAAAAAGGCACAAAAGAAGGCUAAUAAGGACCAAGUGAAGGCUGCUAUUGCCGCUCACCGUCCUAGUAGUGAAGACAUCCGUCCAGAUGAUGCGAAAGCCAACGAUGAGACCGAUAAGGGCGUCGAACAACAGACGAAGCCAAAGACGCAAGAGCCGCCUGUCACUGCAGAGACCAAGACACCGUCAGAGGCUCCUAAAGCGCCCGAAAAGAUGGAUAAAGAGCCUGUUAAGAAGGAUGCCACGCCCAUAGAAGCAUCAAGGCAAGACAUUACAAUGAAGGAGGAAGAGAACAAGAAGCCAGAACCAAUUGCAAAAGAGCCAUCACCACCUGUAGCAUCCACAAAGCAACAACAAUCAGCAGCAUCAGUAGCAGCGACAAAGCAGCAGGCAGAACCGCUAACAGAAGAAAACCAUCCAGAGCCCGUUGCGAAGCAACCUGGACAAACGCCACCGCCCACGGAUAUGCCAUCGACACAUGAGCCCGCUGGAUCUACUGCGGGCAAAAGAGUUCCUGAGACUGUAGCUGAAACGGAGGAACCCAAAUCAAAUCAAAAGAAGCAGACAUCUCAACAGAAUAAAACCGAAGGCAAGGAAGCACCCGCAGAAAAGCCUAGUCAAGAUACCUCACGGCAACAUCGCAAGGAGCCAUCUGCUGGAGAAGGCACUGGAGCUGGUGUAGCACCAGCAGAGCCGACAACGGCAAAGCCAACAACGACAACAACGACUCCUGCUAAUGUUGCUAUCACUACCAAUGAUACUGCAACAAAGAAGACGGAAGAAGUCUCCAAGCAAGAAUCUGGAUCUCCUUCAGCCACUGCUACCGACAGUGCUGAUCCCGGUGCUCGGAAUAAGGACCUACCAGUGAAACCACCACCCAAAGACGCGGAAAAGAGAUCUGGGGGUCUUUUUGGCAUGUUCAGGAAACAUCAUCAUCAAUCUUCUUCGUCUUCUUCAUCAGGAAAGACACAUAAACCAUGGCAAUUCUGGAAAUCAUAG